AUGCAAGGCUAUACACACACCGGCCCUGUUGAUUGCAACAAGCCCUUCAACGCCGAACAUCUCAAGGGUAAAACUGCAAUUGUAACCGGAGGUGCCAACGGCCUUGGAGAGGCUUAUGUUCGCGCCCUCGUUGCCGCAGGAGCAAAUGUCUGCAUCGGCGAUCCUGACGAGAAAAAUGGAAGCAUGCUAGAAGAAGAACUCCCUGGCACCAAGUUCAUUCCCUGCGAUGUCUCAAAAUGGGACGACCAACUCCGUCUCUUCCGCGAAGCGGCCUCCUUCUCUCAGACGGGAAAAAUAUCCUACGUCGUCGCCAACGCAGGAAUUCACCGCCAAGACGAAGUCUUCUUAAACACCGGCGAUGUUCAAGAACUAGAAGAGCCCAAUCUAACCACCAUCGACGUGAACAUCAGAGGGACCCUUUAUACGACGAAACUAGCCACACACUAUUUUAUCAAAUGGAAUGGACAGAAGCCAUCACCCGAACAAGAGGAUACGUGCUUGGUUUUGAUCGGUUCGGGGGCUGCCUUUUUGGAUUGCCCGCGGGCUCCUCAGUAUUGUGCUAGUAAAUGGGCUAUGAGGGGGAUUAUGCAUUCGUUGAGGAGGACGGCUUUUUACUAUGGUAGUCGGGUGAACGUUAUUUCUCCGUGGUAUGUCAAAACAAACAUCCUGUCCGACGAAGCUUUUGAGCAUGUUUCCAGUGUCGGAAUACAAUUUGCCGAAGCGGAAGACGCAGGUCAAUGUCUACUGAGGAUUCUCGGCGAUACAAGCAUCAAUGGGCACUCGAUCUUCGUCUCUGGAAGGAAAUGGGCUACCAAAGGAUAUAUGGAUCUGGAUCUGGAUGAUUAUUCGGGCAAUUCACUUGUAAAUGAGAUCCAGGAAGACCAGGUGAAAUCGGCACCUGUUCCUCUGGGGUUGUUUGUGUGA